AUGUCGUUCUCUGGGAAGUACCAGCUGGAGACUCAGGAGAACUUUGAGGCUUUCAUGAAAGCUGUUGGUCUCCCUGAUGAACUCAUCCAGAAAGGCAAAGACAUUAAGAGCAUCUCUGAGAUUGAGGAGUCUGGUGACAACUUCAAAGUGACGGUCACCACCGGUACAAAGGUCCUUGUCAACGUCUUCACGAUUGGACAGGAGUCAGAUAUGGAGACAAUCACUGGGGAGAAGGUCAAGGCGGUGGUUAAGCGUGAUGGCAACAAGCUGAGGGUCUGCCUGAAGGGAAUGGAGUCUGUGACGGAACUACUGGAUGAAAACACACUUGUCAAUACUAUAACUCUCGGCAGCAUUGUGUACAAGCGGACAAGCAAGCGGAUGUAAAGUUCUGUACUUGGGAUAAUAAAUGUUUCAAAAGUGUCUGGCAUGUUAUGUACUGAAAAGUCCAAACUAUGAAAUGGUAAAAAUCCUCCUGAAUUGAAGCCUUUGGUCAGGUUUAAGUGUUUAGAAUCGAACUUGCUAAAAUUGGCUUUAAACUGGACUGCAGGUCAGUUUGCAUGAUGCCAUUAUUUCUAGACGUUGGGAAAUGAGCUUAUGUUUGCGUGAAGGCUGAUAGGACAACGCCACGUUCUGCACCUCGCUCCCAUGUAUACAGAACAUCAUCAGUCCUGAAAAGGUACAUUUUUGUGACUCAACUGAAUCUUUCCUCAUGGUCUUUCGGUGAAAACCGUUUGGACAUGGAGCAUUAAUUGACCCUGUGUGGGCACCAUGUCCUCUAUUCUGUGCCCUGGUCCUAACUGCAGGCAGCAGAUGGUGCAGGAUCAUCCAUUGGACAGCAGGGGGAGAUUUUUAAGUUCACUGUAUUUUGCAUUUAGAAUUAAAUGGCCUUGGAGCUUAUGUCAGUGACCAUUGUGCAAAGGGACUGUAGCCUGAAUAAAGUCAUAAAGGACCAAGCUAUUUCUUUAGUGUUUA